GGAACCCGUCCCGUCUAUUUGGUCUACUCGAAAACUUUUGCAAAGCUGGUCAAACUGUUUUUUUCUUUGGGAAGGCGCAUACGUCUGUCGUGUGGGAACUCCUGCGCACCGGUCGGAACGUCGUCGCGUUGGAGAAGGAGGCGAAGAUGAUCGAUUACCUUCACGAGUUCGUGAAGGCAUACGUUGCAGACACUCGCAAUGCUUGCGAGUUUGUCCAGGCCACCGGCGAACGAAACUGGGAUCCCAAACGUGACAUGUAUUGGAAAUUGUCGGGGAACAAAAGGACGGACGUUUGGGACUUCCUUUUCGAACCCGGACCUCUUGGUCCGACCGACCUCGAAUACAGUCGACGGAGAAACCUGUUGUUCGUUGUGCUCAAUGGGUACCACGAUGCACCCAGGGAGUCUGUCUCGCACUUCCUGAGAAGGCUGGAGCACGUUUACUUCACGCUGGCCGAACUGCUCACUCUCGAAAACUACAAGUCACAGUUUGACGAGGAGGACCCUUUCGACGCUGAAGACAUGGAGGAGCUGAGCGACUCCGAAACCUUCGAUUUCGAGUCCAUGCCACUUCCUCGGGUGGUUGGACAGGCAAGAACUGCUCUGGUGGAGCAUUUGAGUCUCAUGAACCCCGAGAGGAACGAUCAGGACGUCGAUGCGUAUGCAGAACAAAAGCUACGUGAAUUGUACGCCAACAACAUGUUGGAGUUUCGAGCGCCUUUCUACGCACUCGAAACGGCACUGUCUCGUGGCACUGACUGGCGCAUGCCGCAACCUCCAUCGGCCGGUCAGCAUCCGGGAGGGGGUGGUGGAGGAGACGAAGGAGACGGCGGAGGUGGCGAAGGAGACGGCUCACAGUUGGCCGGAAAGGGGACGGGCGAGACAUCGUCGGUUGAGAAGGCGUCCGGCGGAAAGGGGUCGGACGGAAAGGGGUCGGGCGGGAAGGGGUCGGGCGGCAAGGGGUCGGGCGGAAAGCGUAGAACGUCCGGGAGUCCACAGUAUAUGGAAACUGACCGCCACUGCGUAGGGAGUCGGGAUUCCGACAUGCGAGACGAGGCCACCCUGACGUCUAAUCAAAGGUCUCCUGUGCUCAACACCUUGCUCCUGAAAGAGGGCGCGUCUUCGUUUUGCCUGGAGGGCAGGAUGCCUGCAUUGCGAAGGAGCGAAGGUGCGAUCUCUGGUUCCCUCGGCUCGGGCGACCGCUACAAACUCCGAAUACAUUCGGAUUUGCUGACGUCGCCCUAUGCCAUAAGUGCUCCUCACUCAACAGUUCCGCGGGGCGAAGAAAAUGUGACGUCCUCGCUUCCGCAUGUUCAAUUGGACACAGGGUUACCGUGCACGCCUUCUUUCUCAUGUGUUGAGACUCGAGACUGGCGGUCUCGCGACGUGGUGGAGGGGCCCGCUCCAGGGGUGUUGGAGACCGGGGGUAGCGAGAACGAACGUCACACUCCUGGGGAAGACGAGCGCUCUCCGGGAACGCGUGUUGUACAUCGGGAAGAGGAGACUCAAUGCUGGCAGUCUCGCAAAGUGUUGGAGACCGGGGGUAGCGAGUGUGAACGUCAUGCUUCGGAGGGUGCGUCUGUGGACACUGACAGCGAGAGUGCAGGAGCUCCGGGGGAAACGCAUGUGGGUGUUGUUAAGGGAGGUCAGUGGACGUCCGUGCAAGCUCCCGUUCUUGGCGACGAUGAAGACGAAGAAGAACCCGUGGCGGAAGCUCGGGUUCAUGGCGAUGAGAAAGGCGGAGAACCCGUGGUGGAAGGCAGUGAGGUGACUGUCGACAUCCGGACGGAUCCACAACGGAAAGACGGUGAUUCUUCGCCCACCCGUUGCGGUGAAGAACAGGGUGGUCGAGCGUCUGUCCUGAGCACCGCUCGGGGAAUGGUGCUUCAUGAAGCUAUAGACUUGGGUGACGACUCGGCAGCCACCGAGCUGGUUAGCGACUCAGGCGUGGCCGAGAUGCAGAACGUCGAAUCCUUCGUGGAAGGCGGUGAGGUGGCCGUCAGCAUCAAGAUGGAUCCAGAGCGGAAAGAUCAUGAUUCUCUGUGCACCCGUUGCGGUGCCGAACAGGGUGAUCGAGCAUCUGUCCUUAGUACCGGUCGGGAAAUGGUGCUUCAUGAACCCAUCGACUUGCCAAGUGACACAGCUGCCACCGAGCUGGUUAGCGACACAGCCGUGGCCGAGGUCCAGAACCUCGAAUCGUCCGUGGACGUUGGCGCAGUGGCGCGAUAGGAGGGCGAGUUCCCUCAAAGGGCUCCCGGGCCUCCUUGCCGGAAGGGUUCCCUUGAAUGGCCACCGACCUUC